AUGAUCCAAACAACAACAGGAAGUUCUAUUUCUCAAGGCCCAGUUGAUUAUCCCCUCACUUUCUCAGUUCAAAACACAUCUCGAGAAAUAAUGCCAAGUUCUGAAGUCCAAGAACCUGUUGGUUAUCCUCCAGUUCCUUCAAAACAAGAUGAGCUCCAACAAUCACUAUUAAUAGGAAAACAUGAAACUAGUAUUGCGUUCGACGACAAACCGACCAUUCCGGAAUCUCUAUACAAAUAUCGUAUUUGUCAUGGUCAGCAAGUUUCUUCUUUAGAAAAGGAUCUUGGUGCUCUGGUUGAUCAAUCUCUCAAGCCUUCCAAGCAGUGUGUUGCUGCCAGUGCUUAUGAAGAUGAACUUCCAUCUCCAGCUAGGUGGCUCUUGGCGGUGUUGAUACCGGUUGCAGUUGCUGUCUGGGGUUUAAAAGGAAGAAGUGUGUCAAUAUCAGGGGCUGUUGCAGGAUUUGUAGUUGGUUUUCUCUUGACAGUAAGCAGCUAUCAAUUCCUUGUGUGUUUGCUGGUUUUCUUUGUAUCUUCUUCCAAAGCAACAAAGUUUCGUUCUUGGAAAAAGAAGAAAUAUGAAAGCGAAUUCAAAGAAGGUGGAGAAAGAAACUGGAUUCAAGUAAUUAGCAAUGGAGGAAUUCCAUCUGAACUUGCUCUGUUGUUUAUGAUAGAAUGUGGUGUGGGUGAGAGGCCAAUUGACUUUAUAAAAGACUACAAUUGCUCAUGGUUUGCCGUUUCUGUUGUUUCUGCUCUUUGUGGAGCAAAUGGUGAUACAUGGGCUUCUGAAUUAGGCCCAGUUUUUGCAAAAGGUGACCCAAUACUGAUCACAAACUUAAGAAAAGUGCCAAAAGGAACAAAUGGUGGUGUGUCAUUACCUGGUCUUCUCUUCAGUGCCUUAGGUGGAACAUUAAUUGGAAUAUCUUAUUACAUAUCACAUCUGCUUUUCAUCAAGCAAGAAUAUCUUUUUUUAAGUUCACCACAGUGGCCAAUCAUCAUUAUAGCUACUUUUGCUGGCUUUUUUGGAUCAUUGGUGGACUCGCUGUUGGGUGCCACUAUUCAGUUUUCAGGUAUAAAUCAGAAAAGUGGAAAAAUUGUGGAAACCAAAGGAAAAGAAAUUAAACACAUCAGUGGAAUUGGAAUUCUAGAUAACCAUUCUGUCAACCUUGUGUCCACACUGAUCACUGCUCUUCUUAUGCCUGAGGUAGCUUCUGCUCUUUGGCCUAUGUUUGAGUGAUGUUUAGUGUUAGCGUGUUUCCCUGAGAUAGAUAUUAUAAUACGAAGUUACUCUUGAACUUUUAAUACUUUUUAUAUAUAUUUAACUACAGUAUUAAGUUAAAGAAAGUAUUUAAUCAUUACUAUACUAACCAGACUGGAUAAACUAGUAUCAAUGAAAGACUUUUUUGUUAUUUUUAAAAACUGCCAAGAGCAAUCUUUUGGAUAACUUUUUCAUCAGAGUAUUUUGCUAAAAUCUCAUCUAUAUCACUUAUUUUAAUAUUGAAGAUAACACAGGGUACCACCAAAAAGAAUAAGAUUGAUGUAUCAUAAAUGUUUUUUUUUAUCAAUACAGUAAUCUCACAGUGAAAUGAAUCAAUUUGAGCUGAUCUAUUUUCAUUUAUGUUUACAUGUACUAUUUGAACAAAGACUGCUGUCAGGAGAAAAAUUUCUUUUGUACAUGUUUUAAUGUCCUAUUAAUUUGGGCCACUGUAAGAUAUGCAUAGAUAUAUGUACAUGUAUACAAUGCAUUUAAUGCACAUUGGAAAGUUAUUUCAGAUUUAUUCAACUAAAUGAAACCACUGUUUAUUACCAUUGACUUGUACUUCAUAUCAAAUGCAUUACUUGAAUGCAAUUUAUCAUAUAUUUUAUAUAUAUAUAUAUAUAUAUUUAUUGUGGUUGUUGUUGAUACAAAAAUACUAUAGGUUUUAAAAUAUAAAUUAAAAUCAACAGUAGAUUUACAACCUAACUAUUAGUUUUCAUAUUAGACAUUUUCCAGUUGUGCCUGAGAUUCUUUAUGCACGUUUAAAAGCAUGUAUAUAUAAUUUCUGUUCAUGAAACUAUAGUCUAAUAGAUUGUCAGAUUUCUCCCAUUUCAGCUUAUUGAUCUUAAUUUGCCUAUGACAUUACUUAGAAGCUUUUUUCUUAAAGAAGUUUGAAAAAAGAAUUUAUAAUGUGCAGUUUUUCACACA